GCCACAAAGCUCCCCGCCCCACACUCCCUCUCGAGAGAGCCCGCACCCGACUGCUCGACCGACGGCCGGUCCAUGUAGAGCACGGAGCACCCGGCUUGUCGGAAGCGCGAGAGGAGAGAGAUGGGGGCGGAGGCCGGCGAGCCCAGCUCGUUCCUCAGCUUAACUGCAGCCUUUUCCUAUGGAAUUGCAUCUAUGGCAAUGGUUUUCGUGAACAAAGCAGUUCUUAUGCAGUAUGUUCACUCCAUGACUCUUCUCACUUUACAGCAAAUAGCCACAGCGCUUCUGAUACAUUUUGGUCAAGUUCUAGGAAUGUCUAAAAGAAAAGAUUUCAGCUUGACAACAGCAAAAAAGCUUCUUCCAGUGUCACUUUUCUACAAUGCAAAUGUGGGAUUUGCUCUAGCAAGCUUGAAAGGGGUUAACAUCCCUAUGUAUAUUGCAGUCAAGAGGCUCACUCCCCUUGCUGUAUUGGUCGGUGGGUGCGUACGGGGAAAGGGGAAGCCACCAACACCGGUCACUCUUUCAGUUAUCUGCACAGCCGCAGGUGUCCUUAUUGCAGCACUUGGAGAUUUUUCUUUUGACUUAUAUGGAUACUGCAUGGCUCUAACAUCAGUCUUCUUCCAGACGAUGUAUUUGGUUCUGGUGGAGAAAUCAGGUGCCGAGGAUGGUCUUUCCUCAGUGGACUUGAUGUUUUACAACAGCAUAUUAUCACUUCCAUUUCUGUUUAUCCUCAUUAUAGCAACAGGAGAAUUCCCCCAUUCUCUUUCAGUAUUAUCUGCAAAGACAGACUCUCUGUCGUUCAGUGUUAUUCUUGUUAUUUCACUGGUGAUGGGAAUCGUUCUCAAUUUCACCAUGUUUUGGUGUACGAUCGUGAAUUCUGCUCUGACUACAACAAUAGUAGGAGUCCUCAAGGGUGUUGGGUCUACGACCCUUGGUUUUGUUCUGUUGGGAGGCGUGGAAGUGCACGCUCUUAAUGUUACUGGAUUGGUGAUCAACACAUUUGGCGGUGUCUGGUACUCCUACGCAAAGUACAGGCAGAAGAAGAAAACACUGCGAAAGAGUGUACCUGAUGAAGAAUCACAUCACCACAAGUAGCACCAGACAGUAAACGUGUAGUUAUAGUUCAUUCUUUACGCGGAUAAUAACUAAAUAUCACUUUAAAUCCAUUUUUCUGGACUCUCAUUCCGCCAGCAGCAAGCAGCUGGUGCAAAGGAAGGGACGAACUCGUUUCCCUUUCUAAGACGAAUUUGUUUCCUCUCUUUUCUUGUUGUAACUUUAUGAGUUAAAACCCAUAGUAGCAUAGGAGAGUGAAAUCAGUGAGCUUAAGCAGUAGCUCAGUUAGUUAGUGCUUCUAAUAGAGGGGACGGUUAUCCGAGCUCGAACCUGGACACAUCAAUUUGUGUGUACCUCUUUGAUAAACUGGUUUUAGCGA